AUGACAGACCCCACCCCCUCAAGCAGCAAGCUCUCCUCUCUCCCCACUCCCCCACCCCCCACUCAAAUCCAAGGCAAAGUCAAGAAGACUUCCUGGGAACGGCGCACUGCCGAGCGGGAGAGGCAUGCGGCAAUGAAGGAAAAGGAGCGGGAGAUUAAAGGUGCAAAGGAGCAGGAAGAGACGAGGAAGAGGGAGGAGAGGGUAGAGAGGAGGAGAAAGGUCGAGGAGAGGGAGAGGAUGGAGAGGAUGGCGGAAAAGAUGAGCGCAAAGCGUCUGGAGAGGAAGAAGAAGAAGAUGGGAAUCGCCAAUAAGAAGGUCUCGCAUGGAUAG